UGUUGUUAUUGAAUGUGUGGGUUGAACAGUUCGGGAAAUGGGUCACACCCUGCUUUGACGUUAAUGGGUCUGGGAGAAGCUGUGCAUACAUUGUUGCGGUUACCCGGAGUUUGUGUUGCAACUGACAAGGAAUUAUUCAUUGUAAGCCUGUCGACGUGAGGAAGUCAUGCAUCAUGGCUUCUAUAAACAACCCUUCUGUGGGUAUUUACAGUAAUGGUGGAGCCGAUCCAGGUGCAAGUAAAAAUGUUCCAAAAAGUGCAGCAGAAUCUGGUGGUGUACGCAAACCUUCGUAUCUUGGCUUGUCAUGCUCUGUGAGUGGAUACGGGAGGGCAUCUGCAUACGGACUGCGCUCGAGAGAUCACAGCCCAGCACCAACAUCUGUUCAGCCUAGACUUAGCACACCAGUGCAAGCCAUGGAUGAUGCAGAGUGUGAUGGGAGAUCAUCAACCAGAGUCAAUGGUCAUGUCCAGAAUUCUGAUGAUCCAGACUGCAGUCAUCCCAUUAUGGCUGUGCCUGGAGCGGUUCGUGUUAUUGAAUUGGAACUGGCUACUCAGCAAAAGGGUUUCGUGCAGCAUCAGCAAGAGCCAGAUUCUCCUGCAAAAUCUGUUGUUCAGCAGAGAGUUGAACGGCUGUAUGGGCCUGGUGCCCUGGCCCAGGCUUUCUUAAAAAGAAUAAGUGGUUCAGUGCCAAAAUCACCUACCAUUGAUGAUGAUUCACAGGUGUCACCUUCGGAAAAUGAUAUUAAGGUGGUAUGUAGUUCUUCACCCCCAGCUCUGCCUGUGCUGAGGCACCUAAGACCAGAGUUUCGUGCUCAGCUUCCUAUAGGCAGAACGCGGCGUGUCCCACCACCGACUCACCAAGAGUCGGAGUUGGCAGGAUCUACCUCAGAACAACAACAACAACCUCCUCCUGACUUACGACCAGCUGCUCCUGAUGUUGUACUUCCACGUCCCACUCUGACUCCUCAUGAAUCAACUAUCAGGGACGGCCAUUUCUUCCUGAAGCAAGUGCAUCAGGAAGUGGAAAGGCUGCUGUCGCUGGUGAGAAAGACUGAAAGUGAGCUGGAAAACAAUGAAAAAUUGAAUGAGGAAGCAAAAGGCAAGCUCCGGGCGGCAGCUGGUCAGGCUGGCCUUCUCGUGCGUCAGAAAUUGCAGCAAUUUGAAGGCCUGUGUCAAAAGAACAUUACACAAAGUUCAGAUGAGCAAUUCCCAACUACAAAUGAAGACCUGGAGGGUUUUUGGGAUAUGGUAAAACUUCAGGUGGAUCAUGUUGACCGCCUUUUUGAAGACAUUGAGAGGCUUCGUGCUGCCAACUGGAUUGAGGAACAACCAACUGUGGUGAAGGGUGCGACUCAGCGUCGUCGUGGCACACAACGCAAGUCCAACUUGACAACAACUGCACGAUCUGCUGAUUCGAGUGGAACUGUAGAAGCAAUCCGUAAGGCACGAGAUGAUGUCCGUCGCAAGAUGAUGGAAGAUCGUCGCCGUGCUGCUGCUGCUGCUGCUCGUGCCUGCCAGCAACAGGAUGAUGCACCAGUACAAAUCUUCCAAUAAAAUUUCUCGGCUCUCAUACAGUAUCUGUUUAACCAGAACCUGUCUUCAGACUGUUGAGUUAAUGUGUUAAAUAUGGAAAAGAUAUAAUGUGUGAGGAGAGUGCUAUUUUAUUUUGUGUAUAAAAGUGGAUUUAUUUGGUAGGGGGGGGGGGGGGGCUAAAUGUCUCAGCAACACAGGCUGACAGUAUUAUUUGUGUUGUAAUAUGGCUUGAUGUUAAUUUCAGUAGCAUAGUGAAGUUUUCACUGGAGUUGUGUGGCUGUUAAUUUCUGUUUUAGGAAUGUGUUAGCUGGUGAUUUAUGAUCCACUUUCUCUUUUCGGCAGCUGUUGUAAUGUUAAAGAUUAAUGCGGUGGUGUCACACAGUAUUUUUAAUUUUUUUAUUUUAUUUUGAGACUGCGUGUAAGCAAAGCCUUGGAAAAGGAAUGCAAAACUAUUACCCAGCUGAAGUCACAUAUUGUUAAAUUAUAAACAUUGUCCUUUUACAUGACUGUAUCAUUAAUGCUUUGAGUGUUGGCAUUGUAUUUUUUAAUUAUUAUUUCUGUUGUUAUUAAUACAUUUAUCUUGCAUGAGUUGUUGUUGGUUCAAGUUUGCUCUGUGCUGUGAGACUGUUACUAGCAUUCUGUCUGCCAGACUGCUGAAUAAGUGACACACUAUUUCCACGGCCAAAAUCUGCUGUUAAAAUUCUUAAAAACAUGAAUCUGAUUAGAAAUACAGUACAUGUUGGAACGUUUUGUUACUCUCAUCUUAUAUAGGUCUACAGCUGUGUAUUUAAGACUCCCAAUAGUUUGUUCUGAUAUGGGUCACAGGGAUAAACACAGAUAACGUGUUAAAGUAGGACGAAUUGAGGAAGCUUGUGGAAAAGUCAGAAACCUUAUCACUUCGUAUGCUUUUUCAGUGUUUGUUUGGCAGAAAAGAUGGGCAGAUGUGUGGUUGCACAUUUUGCAGAAAUUUAAUAUGUUCCAGACUAUAUUGUAAAGAAGAAAGUAAUAUUUUUCAUUGUAAACUGGUGCAUUGUCUUUAAAGGCUUCAAAAUGCAUUUUUUUAGACUAAUUUGGCCACAGUUGGGUAAUAGCAAUCGUGCUAACCAAUAUUGUGGCAAUAACCUGAAUGUGGAUGUAACUUAAAGUUGUGGGUGCAAAUGCAAAAAAUGUUUGUGGCAAAAAAAAUCUUAUUGUAAUGAUACAGCUUUCAGUGGGGUUGUUGACAUUGUAGGUACAAAUAGUCUAACUGCAGUGCUGAGUGAUUUUAUUCUUUCACUGUCCAUGAAACAUCACUUCAGGUAUGUAGUGAUCUAGAGAAAAAUUACAUAAACAAUUAGUACAAAUAUAGGGUUUUCUUUAUUUUGUGAUUGUAGUGUAGUAAAGUUUAAAUUUGACCACCCGUGACUGAAAACUUUGAAAUUUUUAGUAAAGACAUUUUCCACUCUGAUCUGUAAAUUUGUAUCGGUCAUGGACAGUUUCAAACUUUGGGUCAUUCUCAAGUAAAUGCUGAGUAGUAUUACUGCAUUGUAUGCAACGACUCAAUAUAUUGCCAAUAUUUUGAAAGGCAUGUAAACCAUUAAUCAGCCAACAACCAAAAUUAACUUCGCAAAUAACGUCGCAAAUUGGUACGUGUCCAGACAUUGUAUAAAGCAUAUUGUCAUCCUGUCAUGUGAGAAAUUACUGUAGAUGGCAGAAAUGAGGUUGCUUUUAGAAUUGUGUACAUGUUAUAAAAUUUUAUGGGACUACUACAUCUGAACUUUUGGGCCAAUGUCUCCCCCCUUCAAUGUUAUUGUUAAUAUAGGGAUUCUGUUACCUGUGCUGUUAGAAGAGUAGCUAAUAAAUACUAAAAAUUUGCCACUUAAAUAAUGAUGGCAAGGUCUUGAUUGCACAAUAAAUUUAUUUAUGAUCAUUUUAUGCCUUCAAUGAAUCUUUUCAAGCUGAGCAAAUGGGUCAUGUUAUACGGACCAACGUUUCUGCCACUGUUGCAAAUGCCCAUCUUUUGUAGUGUUGCUUAAUCCUGCUCCUAGUUAAAUAUACCAACAAAAAUAAUCAAAUUUUGAAAAUCUAAUGUAACUGGAUAUAUAAAGAAUCUAAUAUUGUUAUAAUCAGUAUUUCCUUCUCAUACCAUCCGGUAAGUCUCCCCUGACCUGGGGUUCUGGAUGACUUGCAAACGCACUCCGUUUUGUAAACCUCAUCAGUCCUGUUUCUUUAUCACUCUCUUUCCCUCCAACAGUUCUGCCAGAAGGAGCCACUUUCUCUGAAAUCUUGCAGAUUUCCUUAACCAUUAUAUGUGUAUGUUCUCCUGCUGCCACUUUGUGGGUGGAUUUUUAUCCAUCCAUUUGCAUUAUGUGCUCCUAGUGUCACUCUUUCAAGAAUCUAAUUGAAACUUAAUUUUCAAUUGGAUAGCAGAAUUGGAGAAGUGGGUACUGACAUCUUUUAUUUAAAUGCUUGUUUGGUGAUAUUGACAAAUGAGGGACAAGCCAGUACAGUAACACAGUACUGCUCACAACAGUGUUACGUGCUCUUGGUUGCGGUCUUUACUGUUGCCCCUGAUAGGACUGCCUAAUGAAUGAUGUUGCCCCAUAGGCCAGCUACUGAUGUGUGACCCUGUAUUUGUUGCCAUGAAUUUAGUAGGUCACUUCACAAUUCCUCUUACCUCUUUAGCUAUUAUUUAAGCUCCCAAAAAGUGUACUUACACUGCUCUCAUUAUGUCUGCCCCCACCAAUUUGCUGUGUUGUCAGAACUGUAUAUGGCCCUACAUGUUUCACUUUCUUUAUUACCAGAAUGUUUGGUAUAUUAAAAUACCACACUUUCUGAAGAUGAACACAGUGAAACUCAUUAAGUGGUGUGAAACUGAGUAGGUGAUAGCUUUUGCCCUAAUUAUUUAAGUGUUGAGGGAAUGGUAACUAACCUCUACUGAAAUGUUAUGUCUUAGGGUAAUUAACAAACUGGACCUAUGAGUAAUGAAAACAAUAAUAUUGGAGUUGUUUGAGAGUGUCAAUUUCCUCUAAAUAAAACCCACAAGGAUGAUACCUUGAGUUACAGUGGGUGUGCCUCAUUAGCUAGGUGUAUUUUCUCUGGUGUUUAAGCAGUUAUUUACAAUUCUGUUUCUGCAAUGUGUAGAUGGAGUAAGCCCAAACAAACACUGCUUAUCAUGUCUUUUGUGUAGGACCAGUAUCAACGGAAAAUGUCAGUUUGUUUCCUCUUGCAGACAAAAUUAUUUUCAAAGCGGAAUUUUACUUGCCCAUUCAAUAAUGCAGUCCCAAGUUAGUCUAGUGUGACAUUUGUUUUAUUGAUACAUAUUAACAGUGAUAGUAAAACCAGAAAUAGCGGUACUCUAGCAGUGAAUGAGAAGUGCUGCUGUGUGGUAGUAGCAGUUGGUGAGGGUGUUGCUGUCACUAUUGGUGGACUGGUUAUCCUUUGUGUUGUAUUGUUAUUAACACAUAUUGAUAAAACAGGUAUUGCACUAGACUAAUUUGCAACCUCCCUAUUGAAUAGGCAUGUAAAAUUCCACUUAAAAAAUUAUUUUAUUUGUGAUUGGAAAUGGGCACUUUCUGUUGACAAUGUGCAUUGCAUGAAAGAUGCGAUGAGCAGUAUUUAUUUUGGCUGACCUCUACUACACAUUGCAAAAAUGCAUUUGCAAAUGUCUGCCAAAACAGCAGAGAAAAUGUGCAUGAUGACUCUUAGGAGGGAUGCCCUGUAUAUGUGGCCUUGUUUUAAAGUGAAAAUUGUCUGUGCCCAUUUCGAGAGAUGAAGAUGUAUAAAAUUAUGAAACGAUGAUUUUAAUAACAUAAUGUAGUAGGAUAUGACUGACUGGAAUUUGUGGUAUUUUCACUGAGCAGUCUAGAUAGAAUUUUCACUCCUUUGGUCAGUUCAUUGUAAUGUCGAGGAAACAUCUGUGAUAAUAAAACACAUUCCCUUGUGCUUUGUCUCAUUCCUAAUAACAGCUGCAUUAGUUCUUUCUUUUUGCAUAUGUAACGAAAAUGACAGAUUAUUAGUCUAGUUGUCAGCUUAUUAAACACUUUUCCCAGGUAGGUUUAAGUGCUACAAUAUUUCUGUCUAUUUCCUGUUGAUUUUUGCAGAAACUUCUGUGAUGUCCCUUACAGCCAGUCUGACAGUAACAUAGUAUCACUGUUUUAAAGUUAAAGAUCAGUUUUGUUCAGAUGCUUAUGUGAUACUUGUAAAUAUGGAGGUAUAUAACAGGAAAUUUGUUAAGUACUCUAUCUUUACUAAAUGAUGACUGUUAACUGGGAGAUCUUUCUGAAAUGAAGUAUUUAUGGGAACAAUGUUAUACGUGAUAUACUCACAUUUUUUCCUGUGUGUAUAUAAUUUCCUUGGGGAGGAAUGUUGGGGGGGGGGGGGGGGGGUAGGAGACUGCUAGGAACAGCCCUGACAGGGUAUAUGUAACACAAUAUGGCACUGGUAGUUACUCUUGGAACCACCUCAUAGUUGCUUUUAAGUUUUCUAAAUGUAGCAUGCCUUCUAGUUAAUAAUUUUUUUUCAUUAACCAUACAGGCAUUUAGCAUGGCUGUUUUCUCUCUCUCUUCAUUGGGUAUUUUAAUUGGCAACCUAAACUUGAUCAAAUUUCUUCAGUGAAAAACUGAAAAAUUGGGACAUAGCUGAAAAUAAGUUUUGAAAAUAAUUUUCUGUUUUUAAUAUUUUACAUUUUUGUUAAUACUUACAGUUUGCAGAAUAUUGACUUCGUGUGAUUGGUUCUUAUAUUGGAGCCAUAGAUACGGAUUUCUCAGAUUUUAGCAGAGGUGGGAGAGUAUCAGACUAGGAAUCUGGAGGUAUGGGUUUAAGUUCCCUGUUGGUCUUUGGAUAUUUGUCAUCACUUCUUUCAUCUCUGGAAAUAAUUUUUGUACUGAUUUGCACUAUUUCAGAUUCUUUGUUCCACUGUAGGUUCCCCUUUAAUAGGCUGAAGGAAUCAGUCCAAAGUUUGGAGCAGGAGCAGGCUAGUAAAAGCAUACCACCUCCAUUAGUACUGCAGUGUUCAAACUAACAUUAAUGUUGAAGAGGUUGCAAUAAUGUGAGAGAAAUAGAUGAAACAUGUUUAUUUGCUGUUAUGCUUUUUCAUGUUCUGUGCUAACUGUUGAUCUUCAGCAAGUAUCUGAUGGUACAUUCAGCCAAAUGGAUUGAGCAGUUGUUUAUUAUUGUAGAAUACUGUUCAACAUUCAGUUUACAUAAUUCCUCUGGUAGUUGUUCCAAAAGAAAAAGUCGUAUUAUUCAUAACUUACUACCAUUGUUUUUAGAUCUUCUGCAGUGAUUUAAACAAAUUUUCCUAUUGGUACACAGUGUUGAAACAUUUUGGCAUAAAACACCAAUUUUUAAAUUUGUAAGAAAUUGGUUUGUUGAGCCUAUCAUUGUUACUGUUUUAUAUGGAAACACAGUUCAGAUUAUUUUUAUGCUGUUAAUAUAAAAAGCUAUAAAAAGACUGAUAAUUUGUAUUUUAAAUUAUUAUCGAAAUAGAUGAUUUCAAAUGUACAUUUCAUGCAGUUGGAUUUGUUAAUUCUUUAUGUACUGUAUGUACUAUCACUAGUAAAGUUUUUGCACAUGUAGUUUAAUGUACACAAUUUAUUUUUGAUGUAAUUUGAAAUUGCCAAACAAGCAGUGAAAGUGUGUGUGUGUGUGUGUGUGUGUGUGUGUGUGUGUGUGUGUGUGUGUGGUUUUAGGUAUGUGAGAUGUGCUUUCUGUGUACAGGGUUAAAAAAACUGACUCAUAAGUCUGAAAAAAGACAAUUUUAAGUUCAAUAGUUUGGUAUAGUGUGCUGUAUGUAAGCAGGUGGCAGCACAGUGUGUUCUGUGCAGAGAGAGAGAGAGAGAGAGAGAGAGAGAGAGAGAG